GUUUCGUGCACUGUCAAAAUGGUGUUCCAUGUGUUAGGUUUUAGCAUAGCGCAGCUGGAAUGACAGCUGACGUCGUCACCUGGCGUAAGAACCCCCGCCGUCCUGUCGUCUCUCUCCUUCCUCCACGCAUCCAAUUUCAUUUUGAUCGGUCCACAUCACCACAGCAGCCAUCGGAGCUCCACUUGGACGCCGGUUGUCUCCGCCUGGGAUUGUCCCCCUUUUUUCCCCCACACCAAACCCAGGUGCACACUUGUCCUCCUUCAGGAAUCUUUACAUUCAACGCGGGUUGAUUAGCUGCAUUAUCGUGGCGGGGGAGAAGGCAGCUAAAUAAGAGGAUGCCAGAAAGCGAGCAGAGGCGACGAUGUGACAGCUCGUCAUGAUGCAGCUGUUUCUCCAGCAGCCUUGCUUUUCAUUGUAAAAAAAAGAGGCUGUAAAAACAACCCCAGUUCAGCAAUCCACCAGAGGAAGACAACACCGCUUCUUUGUGUUGUGUUUAAAUCCAGCGACAUUUUUGGUCAUUUGUCUCGCAAGGCAACUUAGUGAAGUGCUGCUUCAUUUAUCACGGAUGCACAACCCCAGCUGAGGUGUAUCUCUUUGCACUUUGUCCAGGGGGUUCCAAGUGGGAGUGCGUGGAAUGCUGGCUCUCAAGCUCCAUGAGAUGCAUGGAAGGGCGUGAACUUGCAGACUCUUCAUAAACCCCCCACCCUCCUCUCAUCCUUAAAAAGAAAGCUCUUUUUUGUACAUUCAAACCCCGCUAUUGCAGUCUACACUCGGCCACCAUGGAUCUCAAAGCGGACUCAGAGGACCUGGACUACAAGAGACCGGCUCCCAUCGAGGUGUUCGCCAGUAGGUCCACGCUGCACGGCAUCUCGCACAUGUUCACCUACGAGCGCAUGUGCGUCAAGCGGACCUUGUGGAUCCUCUUCUUCCUGGGCUCCGUGGGCGUGCUGGCCCUGGUGUGCGUGGACCGGGUGCAGUUCUACUUCCAGUACCCACACAUCACCAAGCUAGACGAGGUGGCCGCCCCGCUCAUGGUGUUCCCGGCGGUCACUUUCUGCAACCUCAACGCCUUCCGCUUCAACAGGGUGACUCGGAACGACCUGUACCAUGCCGGGGAACUGCUGGCGUUGCUCAACGGCAGGUAUGAGAUCCGGGACCCGCACCUGGUGGAGGAAAACGUCCUGCAGGUCCUGAAGGAGCGAGCCGACUUUGACAACUACAAGCCCCGCCCCUUCAACAUGCGUGAAUUCUACGACCGGACGGGCCAUGACAUCAAGGACAUGCUGCUGUCCUGCUAUUACCGCGGCAUGGAGUGCAGCGCUGAAGACUUCAAAGUGAUAUUCACCCGCUAUGGAAAAUGUUAUACCUUCAAUUCAGGCCAGGACGGGCGGCCCCUGCUGUUGACCAUGAAGGGCGGGAUGGGAAACGGUCUGGAGCUGAUGCUGGACAUCCAGCAGGAUGAAUACUUGCCUGUGUGGGGGGAGACUGACGAGACGUCGUUCGAAGCUGGCAUCAAAGUUCAGAUCCACACUCAGGACGAGCCUCCAUUCAUUGAUCAGCUUGGCUUUGGAGUGGCACCGGGAUUCCAGACUUUUGUCUCCUGUCAAGAACAACGACUGACCUAUCUGCCGCCACCGUGGGGCGACUGCAAGGCCACCCCGAUGGACUCAGACUUCUUCAGCACUUACAGCAUCACGGCCUGUCGCAUCGACUGCGAGACGAGAUACCUGGUGGAGAACUGCAACUGCAGGAUGGUACACAUGCCGGGAGACGCCCCAUACUGCACGCCUGAGCAGUAUAAGGAGUGUGCGGAUCCAGCCUUGGACUUUCUGGUGGAGAGGGACAAUGACUACUGCGUGUGCGAGACACCAUGCAACCUGACGCGCUACGGCAAAGAAAUGUCCUUUGUCAAGAUUCCCAGCAAAGCGUCUGCAAAAUACCUCGCCAAGAAGUUCAACAAGACAGAGCAGUACAUAGCAGAUAACCUUCUGGUUCUGGAUAUCUUCUUUGAGGCCCUCAACUACGAGACCAUCGAACAGAAGAAAGCCUACGAACUGGCAGGCCUUCUGGGUGACAUCGGGGGUCAGAUGGGGCUCUUCAUUGGAGCCAGCAUCCUCACCAUCCUCGAACUCUUUGACUAUCUCUAUGAGGUGAUCAAGUACAAGCUGUGCCGAUGCGUGAAGAAGAAACACAAAGGCCGCAACAACAACGACCGGGGAACUGUGCUGAGCCUGGAUGAUGUGAAACACCAUACUCCAUGCGACAACCUACGCACGCCAUCCACGUACCCAGGCAACAUGCUACCUCAUCACCCGGCCCAGGGAAACUUUGAAGACUUCACUUGCUGAGUGCGGUGAUGUGGAGUGAAGCACGUGUGGUGUUGCAACCAAAGUCGACCAUACAGCAAGAGUAUCGGGUGUGAAGAAACUCAUAACAGAAGCACUUUUGUACGCAGGAAUCGGAGGAACUGUACACCUGAAACACACACGAGCGUUUCUGAUCCAUUUCAUGCAGGACUCGUAUUUAUGUAAUCUUCUGGAGCACUGCCGCUAAAGGAGACGCCUCGUCAAGUCGGACCUCCCGUGAGAACAAAAGGGAAAAUGUACAGUUAUCUCGUUGUAGAAAAAGAGACCUUUCAUAUACGUCACCACUAGAGAGCACACAUCCUCCCUUGCUUACGACACAUGUAGCCACAUCAUGGUGUGUUCACAGCGAGGAAUGGCGGCAAACAACGACAACUUCAGGUCCCAUCAUGUAAAUGCAUGCUCGUGUUUGUCCAUUUGCAUGUCCUUUAGUAUUAUUUGCAUUAUUAUUUUUAUAUGUAGACAUCUAUAUGAAUAUAUUCAAACACACAAGUACCAAGUUUGCCUCAGUGACAUCUCAUGUAUUUUAUCUGUGGGUGUGUGUGUGUGUGUGUGUGUGUGUGUGUGUGUGUUUGGGAGAGAGAGAUUGCAAAGUGUGUGUGUGUGUCAAUCAUGCGCGUGGUUAGGCCACCUGUGUCGCAAAGGGACUUUUAUGUCUCUCUCUCUUGCUUAAGACUAUGUCCAAAAAAACAGCCCUAUUGAUUUUGAGCAACAUUUAAGUUGUCUGAGGUCAAAGGUCAAAUGUGAGUACAUGAUAUAUUUCUUUCCUUCUCACUAGCGCUCAUCGGUCUUUCAGAUUUGGAACUCUCUGUGAUACUGUAAUUCGUAGAGGCGGUCCACACGGACCUAAUGAGGGUAAGCGGCAUAGAAAAAGAUGGAUGGAUGUCCACACGGAAACGUCGUCAGGUCAAAACGGCCAAGUAUUUUAUUGUUUCAGCCUCUCAUCCACACGGAAACGCCAUUCUGGGUGCCUUGAAAUGGUAUUUUUUGAAAAUGGUUUCCAGCAGGGGAAAAUCUGAAAAUGCCGGCUUGUUGUUUCCGUGCAGACAAGCGAUUUGCUGCUUUAUGAAAACGAUGGCGUCACCAACCCGUCACCGUCACGUGACCAGAAGUUAGCUCUCAACGACAAGCCAACAUAAUAUCUGAAUGCUUCAACUGGCAUGACUCACCCCAGUCGACAUUUUCCAGAUAUUUUGUGGUCUUAUACUCCAAAAUAACUCACAGAAGUAAUUCCAUUUUGUCAUAAGCGGAAGAUGACGGACUCAUGCGUAUGCGUUCUUUCUUCUUCUGUAGUUUGGUGUGUCACGUGGUUCUGUCCCAUGUAGGUGUGCCUUGUGUACUACAUCCUUUUCACCCAGUGAUCCGUUUCUGCAAGUAUUUUCUAAUUGGAAAAUCGCAGGAACGUUUUCAUGUGGACAGGACCUUAGGUGUCGUGACGACAACCCGGUUGCUUUGGAAAGGUUUGCCGCCUAAGAUGGCAGAAGCGGUUGAGGUCAAAGGUCAAAGCAGUACAUUGUGACCUCAGUGCUAGUAACAGUUUUCAAAUGACCCUCUUUAAACUUUUAGUGUUGUUCUGUGUCACAGCAAGAACUCUGUUGCCUUUGAAUGUUGCCUGAUUCAAGAUGGCCGAGGUAGAAAGAUAAAAAAAAGUGUUAAUGUCGUACUUGUGACCUCUACCCGUAACAAUGUUAAACCAAGCCUUUUUGAACUUUCGGGGAUUUGUUCUUCUGUGUCAGAGCAACAACCCUAUUGAUUUUGAAUGUGACCUGAUUCAAGAUAGGAAAAUAACAAGGUUACCUCCACCAAAAAUAAUUUCCAACCAACUUUUAAACUUUUAGCAAUCCUGUUUCACAGCCACAGCAAGAACCCUAUUGCUUUUAAAUGGAGUCGAGGACUCUAGGAUGUACUAUCCUAGGUGUCGAGCACAGCUGAGGUCAUUGGUUAGAUGAGCAUUUACAUAUUAUCGCUCGACCAGUAACAACUUUCAACCGACCCUCUUCAAUCGUGCAGGGAUCCUUGUUGCGUGUCAGAGCAAGAACCCUAUUGCUUUUGAAUGUUAUACUGUCAAACAUGGCUGAGGCAGUUGAGAUCACUCAUUUUCUUUAAACACCCAAGGUUCUUUGAUGUGUGUCAGAGCAAGAACCCUGUUCCUUUUUAAUGCUAUGUAAUUAACAGGUGGCCAAAACCAACGUUAAGUUGAAGGUAAAAUCAAUACACCUCUUGAUCUUUAAUCUGCGUGGGCGUAAAAGAACCUGUUUAUUUUGAAUGUCAUCUGAGGUUCACACUACACACUACAUGUUUUAGCCGCACACUACUAGUUGCACUUUUCAAUUGGUGACAGUUUAGCGCCUUUUGUGUUCUCUUCAUUUCAAGCCAUUGCUUGUCCUUCCCGCCAUCAUCUUUUCAAGAGUUGUCGACUUUUGUGUUUGUGGGGCUGUUCAAAGUGUGUAAACUCUGUGUUGUUGUUGCAGACGUCUAAUGAAAGCACAAUAACACGACAAGGUGUGUAUGUAGAGCUAAUGUAAAAAAGAAAAGCUACUCUUCUUCUUAUUCUUCUCUAUAUGAUUACUAUUGUGCCGAUAUGACUGUUUUCUUUGCUUUCUUAUGAAACACGCUCACUAUUGCCUGGUAAUCUUCUCUCCAUCUCCCAGGUAACGGGCUGUUUUAUUUAGUUAUCCAAGCAUAAAUAAAGUGUAAAUAUC